UGCCUUCCUCUUGGCGGGGAGGGAUGGGAUGGGCGCGGCUCGGGCCUUGGCGGGGUCUCCUCCCACUUCCCUGCGAGGUCCCAGGAGCUGCUGGAGGCUCAGAAGUCAGGCCCGAUGGACCCCAAGCUGGGAAGGAUGGCGUCGUGGGUCCUCGCUCCGCUGCUGCUGCUCCAGGGCGGGAUGCUCUCGGCCUCGCCGCCGGCCCCCGGCCUGCUGGGGAGGAUCUUCCGGCACAUCGACCUGCACCAGGACGCGUUCGUGCGGACGCUUUCCGAAUGGGUGGCUGUAAAGAGCGAUUCCAUCCAACCUCUGCCUUGUUUCAGACAAGAAAUCUUGAAAAUGAUGGGCCUGGCUGCAGAUGAGCUCCGCCGCCUGGGGGCCCGGGUGGACUCGGUGGACAUGGGUGUCCAGCAGAUGCCUGAUGGGCAGAGUCUCCCGAUACCUCCCGUUGUCCUGGCCGAGCUGGGGCAUGACCCAGCCAAGCCCACCGUGUGCUUUUACGGGCACCUGGAUGUGCAGCCGGCCCACAAGGAGGAUGGCUGGCUGGCGGAUCCCUACACACUGACCGAAGUGGACGGAAAACUUUACGGACGAGGAGCGACGGACAACAAAGGCCCUGUCCUAGCCUGGCUUAAUGCAGUGAGCACGUUCAGGGCCCUCGAACAAGAUCUCCCUGUAAAUAUCAAAUUCAUCAUCGAAGGAAUGGAAGAGGCUGGCUCCAUUGCACUGGAGGAACUUGUCGAGAAAGAAAAGCAGCGUUUCUUCUCUGGCGUGGACUACAUAGUGAUGUCAGACAACCUGUGGAUCAGCAGGAGGAGGCCCGCGCUCGUCUACGGAACCCGGGGCAACAGCUACUUCACGGUGGAGGUGAAAUGCAGAGACCAGGACUUCCACUCGGGAACCUUCGGUGGCAUCCUCCAUGAACCCAUGGCUGAUUUGGUUGCUCUCCUCGGUAGCCUGGUCGAUUCAUCUGGCCGUAUUCUGAUCCCUGAAAUCUAUGAUGAUGUGGCCCCUCUCACGGAAGAGGAGAGAAAGAAAUACGAAGUCAUUGAUCUGGACCUCGAGGAAUAUCAGAAAAGCAUCCAGGUCGAGAGAUUUCUGUUUGAUACCAAGGAGGAAAUUCUAAUGCACCUUUGGAGGUACCCGUCUCUGUCCAUUCACGGGAUUGAGGGGGCCUUCGAUGAUCCUGGAGCCAAAACAGUCAUACCUGGCCGCGUUGUGGGGAAGUUUUCAAUCCGACUCGUCCCUCACAUGGAUAUGUCUGUGGUGGAAAAGCAGGUGAAGCAGCAUCUUGAAGGAAUAUUCUCCAAGAGAAAUAGUUCCAACCAGAUGACUGUUUCUAUGACUCUGGGAAUACAUCCAUGGAUUGCAGAUAUCACAGAUCACCAGUAUAUAGCGGCAAAAAGAGCAAUCAAAACAGUGUUUGGAACAGAACCAGAUAUGAUCCGGGAUGGAUCAACCAUUCCAAUUGCCAAAGUAUUCCAGGAUACGCUUCAGAAGAGCGUGAUGAUGCUUCCACUGGGAGCUGUUGACGAUGGCGAGCACUCACAGAAUGAGAAGAUCAACAGGUGGAACUACAUAGAGGGAUCCAAAUUAUUUGCUGCCUUUUUCCUAGAGAUGGCAAAGCUGCAUUAUAACAACAGCCUUCCAAAUCAGAGCUGACCACUGACAGUUAACUUUCCCCCACACCCCUGGGCAGGGCCAGAAUCUAAAUACUCAGACCAUUCUCUCUCCAGUAAAGUAUGUUUUCCCUCCCAUGUAAAAUGUCUUGGGCUCCUUGGACCAACAAUGAAAUGGCGCGGCAGUACCGAUGUGGGAAAUGCUUUAAUGCCCCCUCAUGUGCCCCUUCCUAAAGUCCUGCCAGAACGGGACUUCCCAGAUCCUGCUGUGAUAGGACUAAAUUCAUCCUACCCUUCAUGCUCAAGGGGACACUUCCUCCAUCAGUGAGACUCUCACCUUGUAAUUCGAUUGGCAAAGUCACUUGUUUGCUUUCUAGGUCCCGAAGUGUUCAUGAUACAUACUCGUUCCCUCCAGUGACCGCCAGAACUUACAGAACCCUGCUUUCGCCACACGCUCCUUCUAUAUUAUUAAUACAAAUGUUGAUCUCCACCACUGACUACAGUGAUUUCCCCAUGGGUUUAUUUUUAGAGGAGUUACUAAAGCAUGCUACUGUAUUAACUUCUUGCCUCCCCCUCAUUUAUUUUUCCUGCUUCUUGAAAAAUUCUGAAGCUGAAGUGAUCAGUAUUCAUAUCCUCAUGCCACCUGGAAUUCCUCGUGCAGCGUUUCUUUCCCUUUGCUCGCUCAAUGCCACCCGAAUGAGCCCCCGCUGCAUCCUGUCCCGCCCGCAAAGGCCUGCUCUCUCGACUGCAUCUGUGCCAUGGGAAGCCACAUGGCAGAGUCAAUCCGGCAGAAUUCCUCUCACACUGCUGGAAUUUUACUCAGACUAACUAAAUUGCUCAUAGCUUUUAAUAGCAUCAGUUUUAGAUAGAGAACUAAUCAACCCUGACAUCAGUAGCACAUUCUAAAAUUAAAGCCAUCAGCUAUUGCUGCAUCCAUUAAUCAUUUUAGUUAACCAUCUUGUUUGGCUUGAUUGGAUUUGAUGGUGUAAAUAAAAAAACUGUAAUUUUUCUAUGGUUGAGUGUAUGUAAACAAAUCAGUUCGCUCUUUAUAAAUUCAUUAUUUCAGUCACAUGAAUGGAGAAGAAUUUAGGGGGUUAUUAAAAACGUUUUCUUAGGAUUCCAAAUAAAAACCAAGCGUAAUA